AUGGCGCAGGAUUACAGCUUCCAACAUUUCAAUGUUCACUUCCCAGCUGACAGCCCAUAUGUCGCGCACGUUGAAAUCAACAGAGCCAAGAAGAUGAACGCUUUCUUCGAAGCCAUGUGGCUAGAACUAGGUCAGAUAUUCGCCCGCCUCUCAGAAGACCCCGCCGUGCGCGCAAUCGUCCUCACAGGCGCCGGCGAUAAAGCAUUCACAGCCGGCCUGGACGUCCAAGCCGCAUCCGAGGGCUCUAUUCUCUCAUCAGGAACAGAAGGCGACCCAGCCCGCAAAGCAACACACAUCCGUCGCCACGUUGCGGAAUUCCAAUCCUGCAUCUCGGCAGUAGAAAAAUGCGAAAAGCCUGUAAUAGUCGCGAUGCACGGCUUCAGCUUCGGCCUCGCGAUCGACAUCUCCGUAGCAGCGGACGUGCGUCUCUGCUCCCGCGAUGUGAAAUUCGCAGUGAAAGAAGUCGAUAUCGGAUUAGCAGCUGACAUCGGUACAUUGAGCCGACUGCCUAAGGUUGUGGGCAAUUUUGGCUGGGUGAAGGAUGUAGCGCUGACAGCGCGGAUCUUUGGAGCAGAGGAGGCUCUGCGCGUUGGGUUUGUGAGUAGUGUUUAUGAUAGUAAGCAGGAGACUGUUUCUGCUGCUUUGAAGAUGGCUUCGCUUAUUGCGAGUAAGAGUCCGGUCGCGGUGCAGGGGACUAAGGAGAUUCUGAACUAUUCGCGGGAUCAUACGGUGCAGGACGGACUGCGGUAUACUGGUGUUUGGAAUAGUGCGGCGUUGCAGACUAAUGAUGUGAGUUCUGCUCUCUUAUCUGGUAUACAGAAGCGGACUCCUACUUUUGAAAAGCUUUGA